CACCGCCCCAUUUCCUGGAGGGACGCGCUUAAACAGGGCCCGCCGUCGCCACCCGUCCCUCCUGCCCUGCCUCCGCGGUAUGUCCGCACUGGGAGCCGGCGGCGUGAAAGGAGGCUGCGAAGAGAAGCACCUUCUUUAGGUUCCCGUCGGGACCGCUUUCUGACUUAAACCGACGGUGCGGGUCGUGUAGCGGCAGGCGGCCCUCGCAGGUGGGUGCUGGAGGGGACCGAGGCCUUCCAAACCGUCCCUCGAGCGCCGCCGGCCUGAGAGGGCAUGAGGGGGUAGCCCGCGCCGGCAGCCAAGCGUGCCGCUCCUCCCUUGCUCGGCGUCUCGCGUCCCGGCCUCGGCAGACGCUGCGGACCUGGCGUCAGGCGGCCCCAAGAUGUUCAGCUGGCUGGGCACAGAUGACCGCCGGAGGAAGGACCCGGAGGUGUUUCAGACAGUCAGCGAGGGCCUGAAAAAGCUCUACAAAAGUAAGCUGCUCCCCUUGGAAGAGCACUACAAGUUCCACGAGUUCCACUCGCCGGCACUGGAGGAUGCGGACUUCGACAACAAACCCAUGGUGCUCCUGGUGGGGCAGUACUCCACUGGGAAGACGACCUUCAUCAGGUACCUGCUGGAGCAGGAUUUCCCAGGUAUGAGAAUCGGACCAGAGCCUACAACUGACUCAUUUAUAGCAGUUAUGCAAGGAGAUGUGGAAGGAAUUGUUCCUGGAAACGCAUUGGUGGUGGAUCCUAAAAAACCAUUUAGGAAACUCAACGCUUUUGGCAAUGCCUUUUUGAACAGGUUCGUUUGUGCACAGCUACCUAAUCCUGUGUUAGAAAGCAUCAGCGUCAUUGACACACCAGGCAUCCUUUCUGGAGAAAAACAGAGAAUUAGCAGAGGUUAUGACUUUGCUGCUGUAUUGGAGUGGUUUGCAGAGCGGGUUGACCGCAUCAUUCUCCUUUUUGAUGCACACAAGCUGGACAUCUCUGAUGAAUUCUCUGAGGUCAUCAAGGCGCUGAAGAACCAUGAGGACAAGAUGAGAGUUGUUCUCAACAAGGCAGACCAGAUCGAGACUCAGCAGCUGAUGCGGGUGUAUGGUGCCCUCAUGUGGUCCCUGGGGAAGAUAGUCAACACUCCUGAGGUCAUCAGGGUCUACAUUGGGUCUUUCUGGUCCCAUCCAUUGCUCAUCCCCGACAACCGCAAGUUGUUUGAGGCAGAGGAACAGGACCUAUUUAGGGAUAUCCAGAGCCUGCCCCGCAAUGCAGCCCUGAGAAAGCUGAAUGAUCUCAUCAAGCGAGCACGCUUAGCCAAGGUUCAUGCCUACAUCAUCAGUUCCCUAAAGAAGGAAAUGCCCUCAGUGUUUGGGAAAGACAAUAAAAAGAAAGAACUUGUUAACAACUUGGGAGAUAUUUAUGCCCGGAUUGAACGGGAGCAUCAGAUCUCACCAGGAGACUUCCCUAACCUGAGAAAAAUGCAGGAUCAGUUGCAAGCGCAGGACUUCAGCAAGUUCCAGCCUUUGAAGGGCAGGCUGCUGGAGACUGUGGAAGACAUGCUGGCCAAUGACAUUGCCCAGCUCAUGGUGCUUGUACGCCAGGAAGAGUCACAGCGACCAACCCAGAUGGUGAAGGGAGGAGCUUUUGAGGGCACCUUGCAUGGUCCAUUCGGCCAUGGCUAUGGCGAAGGCGCUGGUGAAGGGAUCGAUGAUGCCGAGUGGGUGGUGGCCAGGGACAAGCCCAUGUAUGAUGAGAUCUUCUACACACUCUCGCCUGUUGAUGGUAAAAUAACUGGUGCCAAUGCAAAGAAGGAGAUGGUAAGGUCUAAGCUACCUAACACAGUGCUGGGCAAGAUAUGGAAACUGGCUGACAUUGACAAAGAUGGCAUGCUGGAUGAUGAAGAGUUUGCCUUGGCGAAUCAUCUCAUUAAAGUUAAGUUGGAGGGUCAUGAGCUGCCAAAUGAGCUCCCUUCCCAUCUUCUCCCUCCAUCCAAAAGGAAAAUAACAGAGUGAAAGGAAAGUUACAGGGAAGAGGAAAAAAAUAAAUGUAGUAAAAUAUGUUUACUUAAGUUAUAUCUUUAGAUGCAUGAUCACCCAUGGAUGUAUACCUGUUUUGUUGUAUAAAGUAAAAAAACUAAAGCAGAACAAAAAAGUCCAGUCCUUCAUGAUGAUAUGCAAUUAACUCUUCCAGUGUAAUGUCCCUGCUUUCUAAUGUAGUUGAUAAAUAUGAAGGUAAAGAAAAGAUGUUGAGGUUAGGAGAAUGUGAUAAGCAGGAGUAGAAUUAAAACUGAAGUGGGCUGUGUUUUUUGAGAGUGGAUAGGCACUGAUAGAAAUCUGUAACUGCCAGUAUCACUCUUGAGCUUUGGCUGCACCUUCUGCUGUUCAAUGGGUCUUCAGGAGACUAGAAUAAAAAAACACAAGGUCUCCAAGCUAUUGGCCAAACUAAUGAGCACUUCCUAAUUCACAAAAGCCCACACUAAAAUGCUAAAUACCAUACACAAGAGUUAACAAUUGUAAGAACCGUGAUUCUCUGUUACAUGCAAAUUUCACAAGCAUUUCCUUGUCCAUAAAGAAAAAGAAAUAAAAAUAAAAUCUGAAAUGUCUCUGAAUUGGGCAGCUGGAGUUCCUUAUUGUUUGCUGUGGAAGAGGCACUAAGAAUUCCCAAUAACUGCUACCUCCCAUUCAGUCCCUAGAGGAGAGUUGUUCUGCAAGUGUGGCUAUGAGAACCACAGCCCAAAGGGAAACAGGAGGAGGGAGCAGUAGGUGGGUUGGAAGGCAGGAACACAACUCCCAUGUUCACUGAACAUUUCAGAAUCAGUGGAUAGUGUUUUCUCUUUGAACAAUGGUCACGCUUGUCAUUCCAGCGAAGUGAUAUGUUUACUCUCAUUAUGCACAGUGGAAGUUGGUCCGGUUCUUAUUGUAGAGAUAAGAACCCUGCACUGUCAGGUAGAUGUUCCAUCAUAAGAGCAGAAAACACAGAGGGGCUCGUCACCACACAGUAACACUCAAUCUCCUCCAGAGCCUGUACUCGGGGCCAAGAGAUCUUCCCCCCACACCUUUCAUGAUCGAUGAAAUUUCUGUUUCCAAGACCUGAUUUUGGCAGAAAUCCCUUGAUUUCUUACUUUUUCCUAAACACUCACACACACACUCUUCUGGGUUUUGUUGUUGGUUUUGAGUGGCAUGUUGUUCCAGUUCCUGUUGUCACUUUAUAUAAGCUGAGCUCCUACUGUGAAGAAAAACUGAGACAAGUUAUUUUAUAUGUCUGUUCAUAAUAUAUAGAGAAGUAUAUUCUGUGUAGGUAGGAUGUGCUUAUUGUAUGUCAUAAAAAUUAAUGCAUUAACUUUUUUUUGUACCCUGUUCCUAGAACAUUAUUAAAAAAGAAAGGCC